AUGGGAGGAAACUACCUUAUGAAAGGACUGGAUUCAUCUCCUUCCUUGAUGGCAGUAUCCCCCCCUCCUGUGCGUGUGUCUGGGAAGGCUUUAGCAGAUUUGGUGGAGGCGUUGGUGGGGUGUGUGUGGGACACGUGUGGGGCUGCUGCUGCUACACGUGUCAUGAGCUGGUUGGGCCUUCCCGUGGGGCUGUCUGGGUUUGAGGGGGAAGAUGGGGGUUUAAGAGAGGAUGGGGGAGAGGCUAGAGAGGUGUGUGGAGGGAUGGGUGGAAGGAAGGGUGGGAUUGUGGAAGGAAAUGCGGGAGAGGUGUGUGCGGGGGGGAAUGGGGAGAAAACUGUAGAGGGAAUAGGAGCGAGGGGGUCUAGUAUAGAUGAGGUGAUGGUGGAUGAAAACGGGGGGAAGGAAGGAGAGGAAGGGCGAAUGGGGGGAGAAGAGGAGGCAGGGGAGGAAGGAGAGGAAGGAGGAGGGGAGGUAGGAGAGAAGGGGUUGGCAGGAGUGAGGGAGAUAGAGGCGGCACUGGGGUACGAGUUCAGAGACAAGCGACUUGUGCUGGAAGCCCUGACUCACCCUAGCUUCGUCAACUGGGCCUCUGACGAAGUCGUCACGUGCUACCAGAGGUUGGAGUUCCUAGGGGACGCGUUCAUUGAUUACUUCGUGACACGUCAGCUGCACCUGCAGCACCCGCACCAGACGCCACGUCAGCUCACCUUCCGCCGCGCCGCGCUCGUCAACAACGAGAACCUCUCCCGCAUCGCCACGUCAGCUGUUUCUUCUGCUGCUGCCACGUCAGCAGGGGGCUCGGGAAUGACAAGCAUGGAGGUGUCUCACAAGGGGUUUGCUGACAGUGCAGUAGGAGAAGGGGAGAUGGUGGAGGAGGGAGGAGGGAGGGCGCAGGGGAAGGAGAGGAAGGAGGCGGAGCGAGAGGAGGAAGGGGGAGAGGAAGGGGAAGAGGAGAGGAGGAGGGAGAAGCUGGAUGGAUACUUUGGGGAGGGUGGAGUGCAGGCUCCUAAGCUCUCAUCUUUGCACGUUCUCUCCCUUGCCUCUCAUCUCAACCCCAAACCGCACACCACCCAGGCGAUAGGAGACGUGCUCGAGUCCCUGGUGGAGGCGACUCAAGAAGUCGACUGUGGGAUUGACGCUGCCUUUGCUCUGUGCUUACUCUAUGAUGUCUAUCUCUCUCCCUUCUCCCCCUAUGUGCUUCCCACCACCACCCAGGCGAUAGCAGGCGUGCUCGAGUCCCUGGCAAUAGGAGAUGUGCUCGAGUCCCUGGCCAUAGGAGACGUGCUCGAGUCUCUAGUGGGGGCAACUUUAGUCGACUGUGGGUUUGACACAGAGAGGGUGUGGGGACUCUUCUCCCGGUUCUUCCCUCCAACCUCUACUGUCCCCCUCUCUUUCUCUCGCCUCCCUCAACCACACCACCUAGGCGAUAGGAGACGUGCUGGAGUCCCUGGUGGGGGCAACGCUAGUGGACUGUGGGUUUGA